GCCGGGCAGCCGUGGGAGCGCCGGUUGAUGGGGGACCCUGGUGGGGUCCUCGAGCGAGGUCUCGGCUGGGUUUCGACCGUGGCGUUUGGUACAGCGUCAGGACACAACACAGAGUCCCUCGGAUAGAUGAAAGGGAGAACUCUUGGCUACUAAAGCUCCAAACGAGAGAAGGCUGCCACGCUGGGCUACACAGGGCCACACGGGCGGUUGCACCUGGGGACAGGAUAACAGCAAGCUGGAGCUGUAGGAGACGGCUUAUGUAUGGACGACCACCCCGGUUUGAUGAUUCACUAGGAGGACUCACAGGACACCGCAUAUCAUCUCACUCACAGUUACGAUUUACUGCAGUGAAAGGACACAAAGAAAAGUCAGCAACGGGAAAAGAUAUAAGGCUAAUUCUCCUCCAUCUUCUGUAUGACCACCACCUUUCUCCUCUCCAGCAGAAACUAUGCCCCAGGGCCUUCCUGUGUGUUUCAGAUGACAUGGUGGCACACUUCAAACUCCUGCAACAUCCUGGUCCCCACCCCUGUCUUCUCCACCACCAAGCUGGAAGCAUUCUGGAGAAGGGAGCAGUGAUUGACCUUUCCUUCAUCAGGCCAAAGAUGCCUCUCUUUGGGAAUACGUUCAGUCCGAAGAAGACGCCUCCUCGGAAGUCAGCUUCUCUCUCCAACCUUCACUCUCUGGACCGGUCCACCCGGGAGGUUGAACUGGGCCUUGACUACGGAACACCCACCAUGAACCUGGCAGGGCAAAGCCUCAAGUUUGAGAAUGGCCAGUGGAUAGCAGACACUGGGAUUAGUGCAGGUGUGGACCGGAGGGAGGCUCAGCGCCUUCGCAGGCGGAACCAGCAGUUGGAGGAAGAGAACAAUCUCUUGCGGCUGAAAGUGGACAUCCUGCUAGACAUGCUCUCUGAGACCACUGCUGAAUCCCACCUGAUGGAGAAGGAACUGGAUGAACUGAAGAGUGUCAGCCGGAGGAGGAAAUGAAGACCCCAAAGAGAUUUGUUAGGAAUGUGGGGAGAAACCCACUGAUCAGGAAAGUAGGAUGUAGCUGAGGGGCUGAGGGUUUGUUUUUGUUUUUUAAGCCAGACUAGUGGAGUAGGUCCUGGGAGAGAGUAUCUUAUAAUGAGGCCAAAAGGCACCAGCACCCUUGAGUUGGCAAUGGAAAGGUGAUAACAUAAUUGAGGAACCAAGAUUCUAGGCCAGGCAAUAACUAGAAAUGUGUUCUCAGUGCACUGCGUAGGGAUCAGGGAUGUCAGGGGUGAUGUUAAACUUUCGGGUGCUCCCCAGACUCACCCACAUUGGACAGACCCCAUUGGCAGAAGCAGCUGGAGUUCAUCAUAUCACCCCUUGUGUUGGUGCUUGGGGUACAGCAGGAGGUGUCGUAUGGGCGGUGCCUCCGGUCCUCAGUCCCGCAGGCUGAAUACUUGUUCCACAGAUCCACGACCUCCUCUGGCUCUGCUGUCUCAGUAGGCACCAGCGUUCCAUGGCAACUAUAUUUUUUUGUGCUACUUUAUUGUUUAUGAUAUUUCUUUUCUAUUAAAUGAAAUUAAAUGAAUCUCUCUGUCACCAAAGUGAGUGAAAAAAGAAGUUUCAGUUCAUGAAGAAGCAAAUGGAGCCUGGAGUCCAAGCUUGUGUUGCUCCAUGUAAAGACAGAAUUUCAAGGUUUUGGAGAAACGUUGCCCUCGUGGAAGAAUGUUCCAGCAUCCUGGCCCAUAGCACAGGCUGACCUGGUACAGAAAUAGGUGCUCUCUGCCUAGACUCCCCUGCCCUCCCCCUGCGGGGAGCUGGGACUGACCCAGACCUGGUGGUGACCGAGAGGCUGGGUUGGGGCUGGAUCCUAGACUGGGAAUACGUGCCUGAGUCAGUGUGAGUGGACUUUCUUGGCUGGAGAAGAGGGUCUGCCAAAGUCAGUAAGAAGGGCCCAAAGUCAAUGGGCACUGAGGGUGAGGAGUGGAAGCCUGUCUGAUUCCACAGUCCACAGGGAAGAGAGGAGCUGGGUGACAGCCUCAGAUGGAAGCUGCUGCUGUAGUCCAUGCUUACAGGCUACUAGGGGGCUGGGCAGAAGAAAAGAAUAAUUGUAGCUCUGCCCUUGACCUUGUUUUUGUUGUCGUCAGGUCCCAUCAAGUCGGUUCUGACUCGUAGCGACCCUGUGUACAACAGAACGAAACGCUGUCUGGUCCUGUGCCAUCCUCACAAUUGUUAUGUUUGAGCCUGUUGUUGCAACCACUGUGUCAGUCCAUCUCAUUGAGGGUCUUCCUCUUUUUCGCUGACCCUCUGCUUUACAAAGCAUGAUGUCUUUCUCCAGGGACUGGUCCCUCCUGAUAACAUGUCCUGAGUAAAUGAGAUUAAGUUUCCUUAUCCUCUCUUCUAAGGAGCAUUCUAGCUGUACUUCUUCCGAGACAGAUUUGUUCAUUCUUCUAAUAGUCCAUGGUGUGUAUAUUCAGUAUUCUUCGUCCACGCCAUAUUUCAGAGGCCUCAGUUCUUCUUCAGUUUUCCUUAUUUAUUGUCCAGCUUUCGCGUGCAUAUGUGGCGAUUGAAAAGACCAUGGCUUGGCUUAGGUGCACCUUAGUUCUCAAAGUGACAUCAUUUCAUUUUAACACUGUAGAGAGGUCUUUUGCAGGAGAUUUGCUCAGUGCAAUACGUUGUUUGAUUUUUUCACUGUUGCUCCUGUGGAUAUUGAUCAUGGAUCCAAGUAAAAUGAAAUCCUUGACAACUCCAGUCUUUUCUCUGUUUAUCAUGAUGUUGCUUAUUGGUCCAGUUUUGAGGAUUUUUGGUUUUUUUUAAUGUUGAGGUAUAAUCCAUACUGAAGGCUAUAGGUCUUUGAUCUUUAUCAGUAAGUGUUCAAGUCUUCUUCGCUUUCAGCAAGCAAGGUUGUGUCAUCUGCAUAUCACAGGUUGUUAAUAAGUGUUCCUCCAAUCUUGAUGCCCCAUUUUUCUUCAUAUAGUCCAGCUUCUCGGAUUAUUUGCUCAGCAUACAGAUUGAAUUGUUAUGGUGAAAGGAUACAACCCUGACCCACACCGUUCCUGACUUUAAGCCAGACAGUAUCCCCUUGUUCUGUUCAAACGGUUGCCUCUUGGUUGGUGUAUAAGUUCUGCAUGAGCACAAUUAAGCGUUCUGGAAUUCCCAUUGUUUGCAAUGUUAUCCGUAAUCUGUUAUGAUCCACACAGUCAAAUGCCUUUGCAUAGCCAAUAAAACACAGGUAAACAUUUUUCUGGUAUUCUCUCCUUUCAGCCAGGAUCCAUCUGACAUCAACAAUGAUAUCCCUGGUUUCACGUCCUCUUUUGAAUCUGGCUUGAAUUCCUGGCAGUUCCCUGUCGAUAUACUGGUGCAGUGGUUUUUGAAUUAAAAUCUGCGUGCAUGUGAUACUAAUGAUAUUGUUUGAUAAUUUCCACAUCCUGUUGGCUCACCUUUCUCUGAAAUGGGCACAAAGAGGGAUCUCUUCCAGUUGUUAGCCAGGUAGCUGUCUUCCAAAUUUCUUGGUAUCGACGAGUGAGUGCUUCCAGCGUUGCAUCUGUUUGUUGAAACAUCUCAGUUCCUGGAGCCUUGUUUUUUGCCCAUGCCUUCAGUGCAGCUUGGACUUCUUUUUCCAGUACCAUUGGUUCUUGAUCAUAUUCUUCCUCCUGAAAUGACCGAGUGUUGACCAAUUCUUUUUGGUACAGUGACUAUGUAUUUCUUUCAUCUUCUUUUGCUGCUUCCUGCAUUGUUCCAUGUUUUCCCCAUAGAAUCCUUCAGUAUUACAACUCGAAGCUUGAAUUUUUUUUCAGCUUGAGAAAUGCCAUGUGUGUUCUUCCCUUUUGGUGUUCUAACUCCAGGUCUUUGUACUUGUCAUUAUAAUACUUUGUUGUCUUGUGUCGCCCUUUGAAAUCUUCAGCUCUUUUACUUCAUCAUUUCUUCCUUUUGCUUUAGCUACUCGACAUUCAAGAGUAAGUUUCAGAGUCUCUUCUCACAUCCAUUUUGGUCUUUGCUUUCUUUCCUGUCUUUUUAAUGACCAUUUUAGCUUUCUGCAUGUAUGAUGUUCCACAACUCGUCUGGUCUUUGGUCAUUAGUGUUCAGUGUGUCAAAUCUAUUCUUGAGAUAGUCUCUAAAUUCAGGUGGGAUAUACUCAGGGUUGUACUUUGGCUUUUGUGGACUUAUUUUAAUUUUCCUCAGCUUCAAUUUGAACUUGCAUAUGAACAAUUUAUGAUCCAUCCAACAGCCAGCCCCUGGCCAUGUUCUGACUGAUGAUAUUGAGCUUCUCCAUCAUCUCUUUCCACAGAUGUAGUCUAUUUGAUUCCUGUGUGUUCCACCCAGCGAGGUCCAUGUGUAUUGUCGCUUUUUAUGUUGUUGAAAAAAGGUAUUUCCAAUGAAUAGGUCGUUGGUCUUGCAAAUUUCUGUCAUGCAGUUUCUGGUGUCAUUUCCAUUACCAAGGCCAUCUUUUCCCACUAUUAAUCUUUCUUCUUUAUUGCCAACUUUCACAUUCCAAUCCCCAGUGAAUAUAAACAAAAUUAAUUGGCUAAGGUUUUCCCAGUGCUUGUUCACGUUAAUAGUGUGAUUUCUGCACUUGGAGUCAUGAUGUCUGUGCUUUCCACGUAAGAUUGCCCUCUCUAUCUUCAUAAGUGUUGAUGUUCCAGCAGUUUUUUAAAGACCCCACAAAAGAACUAAAAGCCACGGGUGUUUGUGGUAUGAUUGAUCACUUUUGUAUGGCCUUUCUUGCUAUGGUCCUGUAACUUCCACAGAAUCAUUGGGUGGGACUGUGCAAAUAAGGUGUUUGUGGCCCACCAAGGGGAUUAGAUGGUUUGCUUAUAGUGCAAAUAAGGUCCAUGUCACCCUUGUGGGGGUGGCAUCAUCCCAGAGGCCAAAAGAGGGGACUUCACUACCACCAAUAAGAAGACGGGAGUGAAGCAUGUCCAUUGGACAUGGGGUCCCUGCACUGAGAACCUCCUAGACCUAGAAGUUAGACAGCUGUAACACCAGAGACGACGCAAGAUGGUGAGAAGUGGUGGUAGAGAAGUGGCGGCAACAGAGCAAGGAGACAGGCAUGAGACAGUGCAGUGGGCUUCCUGGCCCAUGGAGCAAGGUGGUUACAGUGGGUGUGCUGACUCACAGAGUGGGAGAGCUGAUUGUCUUUGGCCAAGGCUUAUUGGUGGAGUGGAGUGCCCCUUAGCACUUAUUGGUGGAGCUAAAGAGCUCUGUAACACUUGACUGAUGAGGGCAGAGCCCAAGCCAAGGAGUGGAGGGCCAGAGAGAGGCCUGCCUGUGAGCAUGACUGAGAAGAGGCUGUCCUGAUUGAAGAACUGUUAUCUUCAGUCAUUCCUGAUCCUCAAUUUUAACUUGUUACUUCCUAAAUAAACCCCAUAAUCAUGAGUAUGAUCUGUGAGUGCUGUGUGGCCUUUGCAAUGAAUUAGCAAACCCAGCAGAGAAGUAGAGAGUGCCAUUGGAGGGACAGUUGGUGUCAGGACUGGUAAAAAGUUUGGAGGGUGGAGGUAUGUCUGACCUUUGCCUCAUAGGAAUCAGCCUUGGGCUGGUGAUCUUGAUUCUCUUUCCCCCUUUUGAGGUUGGAGGAGGUUUGAUGACCCCUUGCCACCAUUUUUACAAGGCUGGACCCUUUAGCUGCCCUUGCAUUUAUGUAGAGCUGUUGCUGUUAGGUGCCAUUGAGUUGGUUCCGACUCAUAGUGACCCUAUAAACAACAGAAUGAAACACUGCCUGGUCCUGCAUCACCCUCACAAUCAUUGGUAUGUUUGAGCCCAGUACUGCAGCCACUGUGUUAUGUAGAGCUAGCCUACAUUAAAAAAAAAAAAAAAAACUUAAAUUUAACAUGUGCAAAAAAGAGCAUAAUUCAUAAACGUACAGUUUGAUGAUUACCCAAAAUGAACAUUCCCAUGUAAACAUCACCCAGGGUAAGACAUAGAAAAGUUUUUCAGCCCCCUGGAAGCUACUCUCCUGCCUCCUUCUGAAAUAUUACCCCUUGCCUCUUCCUCAAAGGUAAUCACUAUCCUGACUUCACACCAUAGACUGAUUUUGCAUGUUUUUGAGCUUUAUAUAACUUUGCCCUGUCCAAAGAUGAAAAGGACUAUAUCAGGAGGAAGUGCACACACCCUCAGUCACCUCCAAGGUGUGUGAACAGAGGAUUGAGACUCCCUGCUAAGUGACCAUCACACAUUUGAUGAGGAUUUGGCCUGGCUAACUCUGAGAUCCUCUGAUCCAUGGUCAGUUAGCU